AUGCCAAAGAUCCUUCUCCCAUCAGAUGGUGCCUCUGGUGGCCCCAACGCCACAGCGACCUGCUUCUGCACCGCAGUCCAGAUCUCCUUCCCCAUCAAUUCCGUCAGCAACACUCACGUCUGCCACUGCUCCGACUGCCACAAGAUUCACAGCACCAUGUUCGGCACCAACUUCGUCAUCCCGGCUGACGUCACCACUCACAACCGCGGCAAGGAGAAGCUCACCAUGUACUCUGAGAACCAUACCACGACUACCGGGAACACGAUGGAGAAUCAUUUCUGCUCGGUGUGCGGAACUGUGAUGUAUCGCAUCGGGAGUGGAUUUCCUGGGAUGCUGAUCGGGAGGGUCGCGACUGUGGAUGAUUUCGAGUUGAUGGAGAGUGUGCUGAAGCCGGAGGUCGAGGAGUAUGUGGAGAACCGGGUGGGAUGGUUAAAAGGGGUCGAGGGGGCGAGGCAGGUUGAGGGGUUCGCGUUCAAGUGA